GGGGGAAGGCCUACAGAGGAAAGACUACCGCGCAGGGCUUGCGGAGACAAAGGGUGGUGCCAGCACUUAAGCCCUGAGGCCCUACUGGCCCCUGGGCAGGGUCCCAACUCUGGCCUCCAAGGAUGGACCUCGUGGACUCCGACAUCUCUAAUAGGGACCCCCGAGACCUCUAUGAUCUGCUGCAGCGGCUAGGUGGUGGCACCUAUGGGGAAGUUUUCAAGGCCCGGGACAAGGUAUCUAGAGACUUGGUGGCAUUGAAGAUGGUGAAGAUGGAGCCUGAUGAUGACGUCUCCACCCUUCAGAAAGAAAUCCUCAUGUUGAAAACUUGCCGGCAUGCCAACAUCGUGGCUUACCAUGGCAGUUACCUCUGCCACUGUAGGUUGCAGAAGCUCUGGAUCUGCAUGGAAUUCUGUGGGGCUGGUUCACUCCAGGACAUCUACCAAGUGACAGGCCCCCUCUCAGAGCUCCAGAUCAGCUACACAUGCCGGGAAGUACUCCAGGGACUGGCCUAUUUGCACUCACAGAAGAAAAUACACCGAGACAUUAAGGGAGCCAACAUCCUCAUCACUGAUGCUGGAGAGGUUAGGCUGGCUGACUUUGGGAUCUCAGCCCAGAUUGGGGCAACGCUGGCCAAACGCCUCUCUUUCAUUGGGACACCAUACUGGAUGGCUCCAGAGGUGGCAGCUGUGGCCCUGAAGGGCGGAUACAAUGAGUUGUGUGACAUCUGGUCCCUUGGCAUCACAGCCAUCGAAUUGGCUGAGCUCCAACCACCACUCUUUGAUGUGCACCCUUUAAGAGUUCUCUUCCUCAUGACCAAGAGUGGCUACCACCCUCCACGACUAAAGGAAAAGGGUAAAUGGUCGGCUACCUUCCACAACUUUGUCAAAGUUACCCUCACUAAGAACCCCAAGAAACGACCUAGUGCCACCAAGAUGCUCAGUCAUCAGCUGAUGUCACAGCCUGGGUUGAGCAGAGGCCUGAUACUAGAUCUUCUGGACAAACUGAGGAAUCCUGGGAAGGGGCUGCCUGUAGGUGACAUUGAAGAGGAGGAGCCUGAGCUACCUCAUACCAUCUCUCGGAGGAUCAGAUCUACCCACCAGCCCAGCUCUCUGGGGAUCCCAGAUGCAGACUGCUACCGGUGGCACAUGGAGUUCCAGAAGCUCAGAGGAGUGGAGUCUAGACCCCCUGCUGACAACGUUCACUUAAAGCCCCCUGGAGACUUCGGGAGCAUGAGUCCCAGGAGUCACCUGUCAGAGUCUGAUGACGACUAUGAUGAUGUGGACAUCCCUGCCCUUGCAGAGGAUAUACCUCCUCCACUGCCCCCUAAGCCCAAGUUCUGCUCUCCAUCUGGUGACAGUCCCCAGAAGAUGGGUAACGAUGGGCAGUUGAGCCCAGGGGUGUUGGUCCGCUGCUCCAGUGGACCUCCCCCACGAACUCCAUGUCCAAGGCCUCCUCCAGCCACUCAAAGUCCCCAUCUCACUGCCCAUUCAGAUCCCUCACUAUGGAAUCCAGCUUCUCAGGAGCCUGGCCAGCCUCCCCUACUGCCACCUAAGAAAGAAAAGAUUAAACGAAAGGGAUGUACCCUUCUCGUGAGGCUCUUCAAUGGCUGUCCCCUCCGGAUCCACAGCUCAGCUGCCUGGACACACCCCUCCACCAAGGACCAGCACCUGAUUCUGGGGGCUGAAGAAGGCAUUUUCAUCCUGAACCGGAAUGAUGAGGAAGCUACACUGGAGAUGCUCUUUCCUAGCCGGACUACCUGGGUAUACUCCAUCAAUGACGUCCUCAUGUCUCUCUCAGGAAAAACUCCUCAUCUGUAUUCUCAUAACAUCCUGGGCUUGCUGGAGAGAAAAGAGACUAGAUCUGGAAGCCCCAUGGCUCACAUUAGUCCCCAUUGGCUAUUGGCAAGGAAGAACAUGGUCUCCACCAAAAUCCAGGACACCAAAGGUUGCCGGGCCUGCUGUGUGGCAGAGGAUGCUUGCUCUGGGGGUCCGUUUCUUUGCGGGGCAUUGGAAACAUCAGUGGUUCUGCUUCAGUGGUACCACCUCAUGAAGAAGUUCCUGCUAGUCCGGCAGGUGCUGUUCCCGCUCCCUUCGCCACUGCCGGUGUUCGCGCUGCUGACGACGCCGGGCUCGGAGCUGCCGGCCGUGUGCAUCGGCCUGAGCCCCGGGCCUGCUGCGGGGUCCGUGCUCUUCCACACCGUGCGCUUCGGCGCGCUGUCCUGUUGGCUGGGGGAAGCCAGCACGGAGCACAAGGGGCCAGUGCAGGUGACCCAAGUAAAGGAAGACAUGGUGAUGGUUUUGAUGGACGGCUCUCUGAAACUAGUGACCCCAGAGGGGGCCCCAGUCCAGGGGCUUUGCACCCCUGAGAUUCCUAUGACUGAAGAGGUGGAGGCAGUGGCUAUGGUUGGGGGUCGACUUCAGGCCUUCUGGAAGCAUGGAGUGCAGGUGUGGACUGCAGGCUCGGACCAGCUGCUGCAGGAACUGAGAGACCCAACUCUCACCUUCCGUCUGCUUGGAUCCCCCAGGCCUGUAGUGGUGGAGACUCGGCCCGCAGAUGACCCAACUGCCCCCAGCAACCUCUAUAUCCAGGAAUGAGCCCCUGGGAGGCAUUGGGAACCUGACCCUAUGCCCUCACCCCACGGACACAUGAGCAGUAACAUCUGUCCUUUUCUCCCA